UUUUUAAGGGGUGCUAGGGGGUGGGGGGAGAAGUUACCUCUUCAGAAAAGCUGUGGGGAAAAGCAGGAGCAACAGGAUACUUGACUUAAAACAGAAGAGGAACCGUUUCUUGUACAGGAAAGGAAGCAGCAGUGAAGAGACUGGAGGCCAGAGUGUGGUGUGGAGGUGACAAGUGCCAGGUAUAUUAUUGGACACACAAAGAGAGAGUCAGAGUGGACAGCUUGGGUCCAAGGGGACAAUGACUCAUUUGCAAGCUGGUCUCUCUCCCGAGACCUUGGAGAAAGCUCGCCUGGAACUCAAUGAGAACCCAGACACUCUGCACCAGGACAUCCAAGAAGUAAGGGACAUGGUCAUCACUAGACCGGACAUUGGCUUUCUGCGCACGGAUGACGCUUUCAUUUUACGCUUCUUGCGGGCCAGGAAAUUUCAUCACUUCGAGGCUUUCCGCCUCUUGGCCCAAUACUUUGAGUACCGGCAGCAGAACCUGGAUAUGUUCAAAAGCUUCAAGGCCACUGACCCUGGCAUCAAGCAGGCACUGAAGGACGGCUUUCCUGGGGGCCUGGCCAAUCUGGACCACUAUGGGAGGAAGAUUCUAGUCCUUUUUGCUGCCAACUGGGAUCAGAGCAGGUAUACACUGGUGGAUAUUUUGCGUGCCAUUUUACUUUCUUUAGAAGCCAUGAUUGAAGAUCCAGAGCUUCAAGUAAAUGGAUUUGUUUUGAUCAUAGACUGGAGUAACUUUACCUUCAAGCAAGCUUCUAAGCUUACACCAAGCAUGCUGCGACUUGCAAUUGAAGGUCUUCAGGACAGCUUCCCCGCACGAUUUGGAGGAAUUCAUUUUGUCAAUCAACCUUGGUAUAUCCAUGCCCUGUACACUGUGAUCCGCCCAUUCCUGAAAGAGAAGACUCGGAAAAGGAUAUUUUUGCAUGGUAACAACUUGAACAGUCUACACCAGCUAAUUCAUCCUGAGAUCCUACCUUCUGAGUUUGGAGGAAUGUUGCCCCCCUAUGACAUGGGGACAUGGGCACGGACCCUGCUAGACCAUGAGUAUGAUGAUGACAGCGAGUACAACGUGGAUUCCUAUAGCAUGCCUGUGAAUGAAGUGGACAAGGAGCUCUCCCCCAAAUCCAUGAAGAGAUCUCAAUCAGUAGUGGACCCUACAGCACUGAAACGCAUGGAUAAAAGUGAAGAAGAAAACAUGCAGCCUUUACUUUCUCUGGACUGAGAGAUUUUCCACCCUUACACCAUGGAUUAAAAAUGGGAGGUCCUGGCUUUUAAAACAGGGACAGUACUGUGGGAUUAACCUGCUGGACAACCGUAUUCGUGUUUAUGUAGCAUAAUGUUUAAGGCAUCUGGCUUUCACAUUUGCCUAAACCAUGGGUGCCCUGGGCUAGAUUUUAAAAAGUCAAUAAUUUAUUCUGUAAGUGCCAAGUUCUUUGUAAAUACAAUAUAGUCUUCAUAUCUAGUUUGUAAAUUUUGGUAGUAAUUUAAUUUGGGAAAGAUUGACUCACGGGAUUGAGCCAGUGAUAUGGACUAUAAUAAUAAGCAUAAGAACACAUACAUACACUAUAAAAUUUAAUUUAAUGUAUCCUUGUUUCCUAUGAUGCCAUAUAUCUGCUAUCAUAGUGAAUUGUUUCAAUGUUUUUCUUUGAAACACUGUCAGUAUUCAAACAUACGUUGGUCACAGCAAGGUCAAUUAUUUCCCAGAAAUUGUUAUGAUUAAUGUUUUUCUGUUUAGUGAUUUUUGUUUCAGAGGAACUAUUCUGGAAACAUCGCUGGCUACAUUCUGAAGAAAAAUUGUGGCUGAUGAGCUGGGAAACCAAACCAAACCUGAGCUCUUCUCUGUCCUUUGAUUUGGAGUUUUUCAAGAAAAUGUGUUUCCCCACUUAAGAUGAGGAAUUCUGAAAAAGAAUGUGUUUUUAACUUGUUUUUGUUUGUUUGUCUAAAUGCCUGUCUUUACAAUGUUUUCUUACUUAAGUUCCCAUUAUAACCCCUGUCUGAUGUACUUCAGAAUAUAUUUUCACCCAAAUUCUUUGGCAAAGUAAAUGAGAAUUUAGUUUCAGAGUCAUUUUGACAGACAAUUUCGAACAUAAAAUUUACUACUUACAGAUGUGGACUAAUUUCAGAUCAAUGUGGAAGUGUUGAAAAAUAUAAAUAUUCACAUAUGACAUAGAUAAUUUUAUUGAGUUCUAAUAAAUUCUUGAUAUGACAGCCUUUGAGAUGUCAUGGAAAA